UCUCUUCUCUCUCCCUCUAUCUCUCUACACUUUAUUUCUUUCUCUGUGUUUUUUCUCCUAUCCUUUGUCUUUCACUUUUCCCUUUCUGUUUCUAUUUGUUCUGGCAUUCAGACUGAGGCUUUUCAGGCUAUUCAGGCCUGGGAGUUUUAGCAGUGAGGGAAAUCUCAGAGCAUCCUUUAGCAUCGUCCACCAGCAUUUUGGCUUUCUUUGACUUGGGGCCUUUUCUAAAGGGCUGUCCUAAAGUAGCGUGCAGGCCUUUGGCUUUUUCUUGUGCUGUUUUUUUCUUCAUACGUGGCAUUAGUAACAGCCCGUCAAGAAAAUGCCACGUUCCUUUUUGGUGAAGCAACUGAAGGUCCACGAUUUCUCCUCCUCCAAUCAUCAUCAUCAGCAUCAGUAUCACAACGACGGAUCGUACCCACUCACACGUGCCAUCACCGAGUCCGCCACCAACUUCGCCACCAACUUGGCGGUCCGUUUGAGUGAAAAUGGUGAGUCGAGAUUACUUAAAAUUCUGUCUACACAUUGCAAACAAAAAGUGAAUUUUCAUCAUUAAUUUGCUUGUUGUAUAUAGAUUAGAGUUGUAGGAUUUCGAUUAUUUUUUUGUUGCUAUAGUGUAUUUGUUCAGGAAAGGAAAAAUCACAAAAACAUUUGUUUUAAAAAUUACUUUUAUUUUUAAAAAAUAUUCAGUAAACGGACCAAACUCUUGAUCCAUGUUUUGUCUUCUGCCAUGAAGCCUGUGAUGUUGUGUUUGCUAUUCAAUCCCCUUAUCAUCACCAACCCCCCUCCAUCUCUCCAUCCCUCCAUUCCAUCUGAUCUUACAGGAUGCUAGAUACCCACAGGGGGUCGAAUUGCAGCAAUUAAAUCCCUCUCUCUAAAAUCCAUUGACAAAAUACACAUUUUCUCUGAUGAAUUGACAAAACUCAAUGUUAAAUGGUGAAAAAGAGCAUUCAUUAGAAAAUAUUACCUUAAAUGUAAAAGGGCAACAUGCUUUAUGUAACAUCAUUUGUUUAUGAUGUCACAGAAUGGGAUACAAAAAACAAGAGAGGAGUACAACCAACUUUAGAUGUACAUCAGGUUUUGUCAACUGACACUGUGAUUUCAGGGCAAAACACUUCCAUAGAAAUGUGUGGUGUGUUGUUGUUAGUGGAAUGUCCUUCAUAACCACAGAGCUUUGGCUCGCCAGAUCAUCUGUCCCCAGAUUUAGGAUGCCAGCUGUCUAGUUCCCUUUGUGUUGCAGGGGGGAGCACAAUAUAGUGCGCACUGCUGUCAAGAUCAGACUAUAGCCCCCCCUCUCCAUCCCCAUCCCCAAAUCACACUGCACCUGUCAUUCAAUCUCUCUAUUACCAUACUCACAGGCACUUUCAACACGCCACAGAUGGAGAAUGAUCUGAUUAAAAUGAUUUAGCGCUUUGGGGGAUUUCUCUACUUAGACAUUCUGUUUUGUUUUGGCCCAGAUUUAGAUAUGGUGGCAUUGGAUGGGAAGGUGACAGGUGGAUCGGUUGUGGAGGACUAACAAGUGUGUUUCAUUUUAUGACUGUUGUGUCUCUGUCAGUGCAUAGAACUUGUGUUUCGUCUGUGAUGGUGUUUUUGAUGUAGCUAGCAAUGAUAGUCCUUAGAUUAAUCCCAAAUGGCACCCUAUUCCCUAUGGGCCCUGGUCAAAAGUAGUGCACUAUAUAGGGAAUAGGGUGCCAUUUAGGAUAAAGCCCUUGUUUGGAGCCGGAUGAGUUACUGAUCACUGCAAAACGGUGCACUGAAGAGUCAUUCAUAUUUAAUUUGCAAAGUUUGCUGAACCAAGCACUUGCGAUUGGUUUCCUGUAUACAGUUUCAUAUUGAUCCGCAACGUAUGGAAGAUCCAGCCCACUGGGCACACACUGGUUGAGUCAACGUCGUUUCCACGUCAUUUCAAUGAAAUUAUGUUGAACAAACGUGGAAUAGAUGUUGAAUCGACGUCUGUGCCCAGUGGGAGAUCAGCAGAUUUUUACUCAAUGGCUAAACAAUAAAACUUUUUUUUUUAAAUAUGCUUUCAACUGGAAUCAGAAAGAUUGCUGGAAUCAUAAAACCAUAGCAUUCUCGACCCUAAAACAUAUUUUGUAAAAAAUGAUUUAGUAAAAGUCCUUUAUUUAUUCCAGAUCUUUCUCUUCCAACCCACUACAGGCUACAUCCAGGAUUAUGUCAUCCCCUCAAUAUGCCAGAGCACAAAGGAGCUGGGGACCGGGCUCUCUGUGGGGCCCCUGUACUCCCCGGGGAGCACGGGGGGCAGCGGGGGGGAGGACUACUCCGACCAUGACAUGGAGCAGCCCGACAGCCCCCACUCGAGUGUCACCACCGAGUCGGAUAGUAGCAUCUACUACCCGGUGGACGCCUUCCUCAUCUCCGACGGCCGCUCUCGGAAAAGGGCCAACCACAGGCACCAACACAAGGAAGGUGAGGAGAGAGAUAGCAGUACAGAAGCAGGCUCCACAGGAGCCACAGGGGCCAAAGCUGCCAAAGGGAAGUCUGGGAAAUCCAAGGGACCGGGCCGCCACACGUGUGGCGAAUGUGGCAAGACCUACGCCACCUCGUCCAACCUGAGCCGCCACAAGCAGACGCACCGCAGCCUGGACGGCCAGCAGGCCAGGAAGUGCCCCACUUGCCACAAGGCCUAUGUGUCCAUGCCGGCACUGGCCAUGCACAUGCUCACCCACGACCUGCAGCACGACUGCAGUGUGUGCGGCAAGGCGUUCAGCCGACCGUGGCUGCUGCAGGGUCACAUGCGCUCGCACACGGGUGAAAAGCCAUUUGCUUGCGCCCACUGCGGCAAAGCAUUUGCGGACCGCUCCAACCUGCGUGCCCACAUGCAGACACACUCAGCCUUCAAGCACUACGAGUGCAAGCGCUGCGGCAAGAGCUUUGUGCUCAAGUCCUAUCUGAACAAGCAUUAUGAGUCGGCCUGCUUCAAGGGCUCUGGAGACGAAGAGGACUGCUGCUCUGAGGACUGA